AUGUUAGAAGAAAGAAAUGAAAACAAUGAAAAUAAUGAAGAUAACGAAAAUAAUGGAUAUAAUCAAAAUAAUGAGUAUGAUCAAAAUAAUGAGUAUGAUCAAAACAAUGAGUAUGAUCAAAACAAUGAGUAUGAUCAAAACAAUGAGUAUGAUCAAAAUAAUGAUUAUAAUCAAAAUAAUGACUAUAAUCAAAAUAAUGACUAUAAUCAAAAUAAUGACUAUAAUCAAAAUAAUGACUAUAAUCAAAAUAAUGAUUAUAAUCUAAAUAGUGGAUAUAAUCUAAAUAGUGGAUAUAAUCUAAAUAGUGGAUAUAAUCUAAAUAGUGGAUAUAGUCUAAAUAGUGGAUAUAGUCUAAAUAAUGUAUAUAAUCAAUAUAGUAAUAAUAUAGAAAACAGUGGAAAUAUUUUAAAUAAUGGAUUUUUUGGUUCUUCGACUAAUAAUAACAACAGGAGUAUAUUAGGAGGAGUAAGGGAGCCAAUACAAUUAGAAGCGAGGGGUUUUUUUAUUAAUGGUAGAAGCAAUAAUGUCAAUAGAAUAUUGGUAAAUGUAGAUCAUAAUAAUGUCCCAAUAAAUUCAUUGAAUGGCACAAAUCAUAUUUUGGGUAUUCCUAACAAUAUAAAUAUGGAUUCAUUGAUACAGACUAUACUUUUAGCUUCUAGUUUGAUAAUUAAUACGUCCGCAAGAGCUGUUGCUACGAGUAAUAGGAAUACAAGAAACUCAAACGCAUUGACAUCCGACGGAGAAGAAACUAUGGAAGAAAUAGUAGAUGAUGGCAUGGAAGAAAUUGAUUUAAAUGAAAACUCGGAUUUUAUACAUGAUGGUAACCCCUUGGGAGAAUAUUCAAAUAUGGAAUAUGAACUUUUAAAUGAAGUGUCUGCUAGUACAGAUUUCUCAGAUUAUCAUAGUGUUGUGGAUGAAGAUUUAAUUAAUUUUAAUGAUGAUGUUACUUUAGAAACACAAUCCAUGAUAGCACACGGAGGGUCUUUGUCAGAAAUAGAAGAAACUGGAGAUUUAUCUUCAGAUGUUGAUAGAUUACAUUCAUCAAUCGAAACUACUCCAAGAGAUGAUGUUGUAUAUAUACGAGGUGAUAUUGUAUUAGGAGAGGAUGAAAUAAUAAUAGAAAAUGGUGAAAUAAUAUUAAAUAAUAUUGAUGAAUUAUUUGAAGAUGUACCUGAAAUGUUGGAAAAUGCAAAUUUAUUAGAAGAUAGAGAACAUGUUUUUGAAUAUAAUAUAUCUGUAGCAAAUGAAAAUACAACAAACCAAAAUUCAUAUAAUUUCAAUGCACCACAAGAUAAUACAUUAACAAAUUAUAAUAUAUCUAGAUUUUUACAAAGAUAUGGUACAACCACUCCUAAUACUCAACAUAAUAUAUCAAUACAUCGAGAUGGACAUUCAUUAAGAUCAGACACUAAUAUUUACGAUAGAAUUAAUGGCCCUUCUAUACGUGAAAAUUCAUUAUAUCCAGGGAGCUUUGAAAUGGCUCAAUAUGCUGACAGAUACCAAAUGGGACAUACUAUAGCUGAAGGGUUUUUAUAUUAA